AUGGCAACGCCCUCCUCUAGUACAACGAAAACGAAACCGGACAACCAAAACCUCACCAGAUCAAGAUCUCUCGGCAGAAAGCCAAAACCGGUACCAAACUCAGAAACUGAAGCGAACGCAGAUGGAUCUGAUCGGAAAACAACCGAGAAGCCUUUGCCCAAUUAUCUGAAACCAACAAUCAGCUCGAGACCUGACCCGGUCAAGUUCUUGAAGAAGAACACUUCUGUGGAAGACAACAAUCAGAAGCUCCUUCGUAGACGAUCAUUUGAUCGUCCUCCUUCGUCUUUAACUUCUCAUUCAACAUCAUCAUCAUCCCAGAAGUCUCUCAAUACCUCUCCUCCCGCACGCCCACGAGACAGACCCGCGCUUCCAAGAGAGAAGCCUGCCACGGCUCUGCGUUCAACAUCUUUCCAUGGAAGCACCAGAGGCGGUCUCAGAGGAAGCAGCUCGGUGAAAUCGCCUCCUGCGGCUUCAAAAGGACCUCCGGGGGUAAAGAAGAGCGGUCUGAGCGGUAGCACCUCUUCCAAGAGCAAAAAGGAGGGAUCUGAGAAUGUUCCAAAGAAAUCUUCGGGUAAAGAGAUUACCCCCGGAUCUUCUCCUCCUGCGCCUGCUCACGAGUCUGCUCACGAGGAUGAAGAAGAGGUUGUCAAGGUCGAGACGGAUGUACAAGUUCCUGACCACAGCGAAGAAGAACCGAAAGAAGAAGACAAAGAGGUUGUUGCACAACCCGAUGAAUCCGGUGAAGAGAAAGAGUCCGGUGCAGUGGAUGCCUCCACCAAAGAAGAAGAAGAAAGAGGAGAAGUGACGAAUGAGGAUAAAACAGAAGAGAAAAUAGAGGAGCCGAAAGAACCAGAGAACAGUGAAGACAAGGAAGAAGUUGAUGACGAGGACAACAGCAAGACAGUUGUUACUCCAGAGAGCACCCAAGAAGACAACGGUGAAGACAAGGAGGAAGCUGGAAAGAAAGUUGAUGAGGAGGAGGAGGAGAGCGAGACAGUUAUUACUCCAGAAGCUGCGAAUGUCGAAGAAAGUAAGGAAGAGGGAGAAGCAGAAGUGAAAGAAGAGGAAAGCGAAAGCAGCAAAGUGAAAGAAGGAACAACAGAAACAAAGGCUCAAGUAGAAGAAGGAACAAAGAAGGAAGUGGUGCAAGGGAAGAAGGAAUCUCCAUCAGCCUACAACGAUGUGAUAGCAAGUAAGUUGCAGGAGAGCUCGAGGAAGAACAAGGUCCUGGCUCUCGCUGGAGCCUUUCAAACCGUUAUUGACUAUGAAACUGCUGCAUCCAAGUGA